AUGGAGGUGCGACAGGUGAAGCAUAGUCGCGACGAUACUGAGGCUGAGGGUGCCAAGAGGCGGAAGAUGCCCUAUGAUGAGCAAAUACAGAUGCUUGCGGAAGAGGAAGAGGAGGACACGAUGAAGCGCGAUAUGGGAGAUGCGCUGGCUACGUCGACUGAGAGCCAGAGUGGCGUGAGCGUGCUUCCGCGGGACAACUUUCAGCGGUAUUGCUACAGACAUAACCCUGAGAUACAAACGUCGAAUACGCACGAGCUGUGUUAUAAGCAGGACAUGCAGCGGAUUAAGAUGAUUAAUAACAAGAUCUCGCAGCUGGCGUGCCCGAAGGAACAAGCGGACAUCCAUCACAUAAUAUCAAAGUACACUAACUCUAAUGACAAAGUAAGGAAACUGAUACUGGACGGUAUACUGACGUCAAGUUGCUUCCCACAGCUGUCGUAUAUUGCGCAGCAUAUCAACACCAUGAUAAAGAUAGAUUUUAUAAGCGUGCUGCCGCAAGAGCUGUCCUUGAAGAUACUCGGGUACUUGGACUGCCAAUCUCUUUGCAAUGCCUCGAUGGUAUGCAAGAACUGGCACCUGUUGGCUGAUGAUGACAGGGUAUGGUACCAUAUGUGUGAACAACAUAUAGACCGUAAGUGUCCAAACUGUGGCUGGGGCUUACCGCUUCUUCAUAUGAAGAGAGCCAGAGUUUGCUACAUAAAAGCCAAGAAUCCCAACACAACCGUGAAUGACAGGAAAAUGAUUCAAGAUAAUGACAAUAGAAUAAGCCCACUUACUGAUCGUACACAAGGGAACGAAAGUCCCGGAGCUACUUUCAGUACAAAUGUUUGUACCACUGCAUCCAACAAUACCGUCAGUGGUAGUAAAAGCAGUGGACAAGGGCAGCAAGAGAAUGGGAGAUGCAGGCAGAAGUCUUGGAAAAUGGUAUAUAGAGAACGGUUUAAAGUGGAAUCCAACUGGCGUAAGGGACUUUGUACAAUCCAGGAGUUUAAAGGUCACAUGGACGGUGUGUUGACAUUACAAUUUAACUAUAGACUACUAUUUACUGGCUCUUACGAUACCACAGUUGCAAUCUGGGAUUUAUUUACGGGUAAAUUAAUUAGAAGAUUAACUGGUCACAGUGAUGGUGUAAAGACGUUGUAUUUUGACGAUCAAAAACUAAUAACAGGGUCCCUGGACAAGACUAUCAGAGUGUGGAACUACAUUACAGGUGAAUGUAUAUCUACAUACCGUGGACACACUGACAGUGUAAUGAGCGUUGACUCUCAUAAGAAGAUUAUUGUGUCUGGUAGUGCAGACAAGACAGUCAAAGUAUGGCAUGUAGAGUCUAGAACUUGUUAUACAUUAAAGGGCCAUACCGAAUGGGUUAACUGUGUCAAGCUGCAUCCAAAGAGUUUUAGUUGUUACAGUUGUUCAGACGAUACUACAAUAAGAAUGUGGGAUAUAAGAACUAACACAUGCCUCAGAGUUUUCAGAGGGCAUGUGGGACAAGUUCAGAAGGUUAUACCAUUAACAAUCAUCGAUGCUCAGAAUCUGGUAACUCACGAGAGGAAACCUGGUGAGGAAGACGAUAUUGCCAGCAAUGGUACCGGUGAGGAUGAUCCGGAAAAUGGAGUCAAUGGCCAACGUGAACUGGAUAAAAAAAUGCCAUACCCAACACAUUUGUUAUCCUGUGCGCUAGAUAACACCAUUAAGCUAUGGGAAGUAAGGAGUGGUAGAUGUAUCAGAACGCAGUUCGGGCAUGUGGAGGGUGUCUGGGAUAUCGCCGCCGAUAACUUCAGAAUUAUCAGCGGGUCGCACGAUGGUAGCAUCAAAAUUUGGGAUCUACAAAGUGGCAAAUGUAUGCAUACCUUCCAUGGAAGAAAACUGAAAGGUUCUGAUGUAAAUACCAGUAGUAACCCGGACCACGAUGAAAGGACUAAGAGUGCCCCAGUCGCAUGCGUCUGUAUAGGUGACUCUGAAUGCUUCAGUGGCGACGAAUUUGGGUGCGUUAAGAUGUACAAGUUCGACAGUCAGGACUGA